AUGACCUCGAUAACCGACAUGAAAGAUGGUACUUACUCGGUGAAGAUGCGACCGAACUGCAAUGUGUGUGCCGGUCAUCCGAAUAAGAUGAAGAACUGGCAGCGCUCCUACUUCUUCCUUAAGUCCGACAGCUCGGCCUUCGAGGAGCCUCCCCAAGAUGAUUAUCGAGUUCUUUGGAACCGUUCUUGCGUUGGCCAUCCUACCUCCCCAGUUUAUCCCGAAGAUUUCUUGAGGAGUGUUCGCGCCGUCGCUCUGCUUCGAAUCUAUCGUUGGUCCGAGAUCUCCGUCGAGAAGAUCCGAGAGUGGAGAUCCGAUCUUCCGACCGUUCUUCCCAUUCGCGCUAAGCGACUGGACAUCUUCCCGAGAGACAUCCAAAAACAAAUUACCGAGGCGAAGAAGAUGGGUACUCUUCCUGAACUGAGCGCAAUAAUAGCGGCUCAGCUGGGGCUGACUAGCGGGGAAGGAUCCUCAACGGCGGUUCCCCGUUCUAACGAGGUUUUCCCUUCUGAUGCCAGAAGUGCGGGGAAGGGCAAGAAAAGGAAAAGAGGCGAUGGCUCGGGAGCCGAGAGGAGUACUGAGGAGACGAGUGAUGUCCCUCCUUCCAGUGAGCCCCGGAAGAAGAACAAGAAGAAAAGGACAAAGAAGAAGUCCGCCGGCGAGCAGUUGGAAGAUGCUGACGAGCGGAUCGAGCAAGAGGAGGAGGAUGCUCGAGAAGAAGAAAUUCAGCCCGAAGAGGGGGGGGUUCUGAGGCAGAAGCCUCGGAGGGACGGAAUGACGAGGAGGGAGAGGGGAAAUGACGAAGACGAUGAUGAGAGGCGGUCUCCUGUUCUGACGUCUCCUCGCGAGAGAACUCCAGUUCCCGUCGGAGGAGGGGCCGUCCAGACCGGUACUUCUUCCCGUGGCACCGCUAUCCUAAGGAGGGCACCCGGAUUCAGCUUUCCCGACAAGGUCGACUUCCACUAUGAGGGACCGGCUCCCUUAGUGUACGUUCCAGAGAAAUGUGGGGAGUUUCUCUGUCAACUAAGAGGGAGGGCGAAACCUCUUCCCGCUGUGAAGGACCUUAUCUUCGGGGGUGAAUACGAAGAAGCUGCAAGGGCCAAACUGCUGGGUGAUAGCACGAUGAAUGUCGUGAUUGAUAAAUACGACACGGCCCUUAAAGGAGCCUUGGAGGAGCUCGAGCUGGCCAAGAAAGAGUUUGCUGAGAAGGAAGAGGUUUCUGCUCGUCAACUGAACGAGUCAAGGGCCAAUCUGCAGAAGCUCAACGGGAUGAUGACCCGCACCGUUGCUCGACGCGAUGAGUUUAAAGCCGCGCUGGAGUCGUCUCGAAGAACCAUCUGCGAGCUUGAACAGAAGAAUGCUGACCUCGAGAGCGAGAGGGCUUCGCUCGCUGCCACGCACGAGCGAGAGAUGAAACGCCUGAGAGACUCCAGAAUCUUGGAGGUGACGAGAGAAAGGGGGAUAGUUGAGGCGGAAAUGACCGCCAAGGCUAGUCGUUGCUUCGCCAAGAUUCGUUCUCGAGAGGAGUGUCAGGGUCCUUACGAUGAGGCUCGGUUACUUUACAGCCAAGCCUUUGGGACUAGGAAGUGCCUCGAGGCCUUGAAAGGAGCCGGGAACGACAUACCGCAAGCCUCUAUUGAUAUGUUCGUCGAGUACGAGAGAAAGUACAAACAAGAGGCUGAGCAGCUGAAGGUUGGUGAUAUCCCUGAAAGCGAUUUUAGACUCUCUCCUCUCGUGUUGGAGUCUCAGUUCGUGGAUGCUCGGAUUCUGGCGGGUCUCGACCCGUAUGGUUCCAACGCUGGCUUAAUUGACCCGGAGACCGCGGUGAAUCUGCGUGUCUCGUCUACUCAUCCGGUCGGAGAAAGGCGCGAGGAACCGACGCUUCCUAUCGAAAACCCUUCGACUGUUCUUGAGGAAGGAGUGCCUGGUCGAGGAGCUCGAGUUGAUGGAAAUAACGUUCCUGUCCUCGUGCUUUCGGACACUUCAGUCGAGGGUCGCGAUUCGCCACCUCCAGAAGAGUCUCGUCGGGACGGCGAGGAAAACACUGGCGAGGUGUCGGAGGAUGUUGCGGUGCAAGUCUCUCCGAUUGCCCGCGAAUCGAGCGUCAGGGCUUCGGAGCUUUCCGCCCUUAAUGAUCGCGACAGUGAUCGGGAAGCUUAG